UAAUUAUUUAUUAUUUAACACCACAAAAAAAAAAAAAUGACGACUCGAACGACGAAGAUCUUGAAAACGCUUGCAUAAGCCUAUUGAUUAUUCACGAAUGAAAUGUUCACCAAUGAUUUGAUUAUAUACAGACAGUUACAUACAUGCGUAAAGCUCGCUCUCUUGGUUUGAGCGAAUAUCUAUACAUUAAUAAUAUUGAAAAUCGCCAAAUCGAUAGAUAUGAAAAAGUCAAGACAAAAUAAAUCUAAUGAUGAAAUAGCCCUAAAAUUAGUGGUUACGUCAAAUGAAAAUGAUUCAUAUUGUUCUUCGAUCGAAAAUCAACUGCUUCAUCGAUACGAGUUUUAUCUAGGGGACAUAAAUGUGACACCUCAAGAACCAAUUCAUAUUAAAUAUAAAACCAUACAAUCUAAUGAUGACUUGUUGGAUCAACCAAUUGUAUCAAAGAUAUGGACUACUACUCACGUAGAACAGGAACCAGAACCAGAAGAUCACUUCGAUACUUUUCGUCACCUCAGCAUUAAAUCGCUUGAUAAUUUACUUGACAAUAUAUUUACCAAACGACAAUAUCACAAUGGAGAAAUUUCGAAAGAACAUAAAUACGACGUUGGGCCAAAUUUUCUGUUACCAAAAAAUAAUACUAGUAAUGACAAUUAUGAGAUUGAAAUUAUUGAGAGUCCACCGUUUAACAUUUUGAACGUACCAAGCAGUGUUACUAUAAAAGGAGAUGGAGAUUACGAAAGAUUACAAAAACUAAAAGAAAUUUAUCUAAAUAAUCUAGCAAAAUCACGCGACAAGGUCGAUAAUAUCUCACAAACAAUCAAUUCUCUUAUGGAACGUGAACAUGUGGAAUGUCAAACCUCGAAUGACAUUACGUUUUCGGCUGGUACUCAGGUCCACGAUUUUAACAUAAUAGACGCUUACAAUAAGAUAGACGAGAAACAAAACGUAAUCACGUCACCAACCAUCGCAGAAGUAUCUAAUGACAUGGAAAAUUAUGAUACUGACGAGGAGACAGAAAAAUCUUCUUCCGUAACGACAAUGUUUUUAGAACGAAUAUUGGCACAAAACUCGUUGGACGUCAAAUUAUUUUGGUCAAAUGAUCUAGAAAUGACGAAUCACAGUAAUGAAUUACCAGGGCAACAAAUAGCUUUUGAUCUUAAGUACUGUUUUACACUAAAAUUGUUUGGUGAUGCGGAUAAAGGCAUAGCCGUAAGAUGCAUGCAUUGGAACGAGACAGAAAAGCAGUUGCUGGCGGUUGUCUACAGCAAGUUGAUGUACACAGAUUACACCGGUAAGCAAUACGCAUCCGUCGCCGUGUGGAGUACAAAAAAUCAGCAUACUCCUGAAAGAUUUUACGAAUUCAAUACAACAGCUAUUACGUGCAUUAAGUUCUCCACCGUAUCACCAAAUCAACUUGCCAUAGGAUUCGACUGUGGGAAAAUAUUGAUAAUCGAUGUUUCAAAAAAAUCACUUAACAUAUUGUUUCAAACGUCCACGGAGCUAUCGUUAGAAACCACCACAAUUUCAGAGUUAUUUUGGACCAUCAACAUUGAAAACAAAAAAAUACCUUAUGAGAUAAAAUCCGAAUGUCUAAUGGCGUGCAAUACGAUUGGUUGUAUUUCACGUUAUUAUUUUUUACGCUGUAAGUUUGUGGAACAAUUAAUUAUGAAACUAUCGCAUAUUAUGAUACAAGAUGACCACCCAGAGAAAAAUUUAGACGGAAGUAAAACGUUCAAACCAGGUUUUCGCAUAACUAAAUUUAUCGAACUUAAUCAAAACGCGGAUUUGAUUGGCACUGCGGACGGUCUCGUCUACUCGUUUUCAUACGACGAUUUGAUGACUCGUCCGAAAAAAUUUGUUUCUCACUUCGGAAUAAUCAAAUCUCUGGAAAAAUCGCCAUUUUCUCAAGAUGUAUAUUUAACAACUGGUUGUGACUGUAACAUAAACAUUUGGAUUGGUGGUUAUUUUCUUGAACCAGUAAUAAUUUUAAGUACCGGUAAACAAAUCGAAAAAGCUAUUUGGAGUCGGACACGUUCAACAAUUAUAGCAUCUAUUAUCGACAACUGUAUACACAUUUGGGAUAUAAGUGUGACGAAAUAUGAUCCAAUAUUUGUACAAAAAAUGCCAAAUCCACAUCAAAAGUGUUCCGACAUACAGUUUUCACCGGACGGUAACCAUUUGUGCGUGUCCGAUAUAAGCGGAAAAGUCAUGGUGUACGUUUUGUCGAACAUUUCACCACCCGAUGAGUACGAAGAACAUUACAAUUUAGUGUAUGUCAUUGCAAAAAUUAUAUACGGUAAAAAAAAUUUCUCCGACGUGCUGAUUAAAAAAAAUAAGGAGUUCGCCCAAGCAUUUAAUACAGUGGAUUUCGAAAGAUAUGGACGUAAAUUUUCCUAGCUAUAUUUUUACAGGAAACUAUUCUCAAGUUAUUAGUACUAUAAUAUUGUCAAUAACUUCCAUAUUACAUAUUGCAUACCUCAAAAUGUGAUUUAUUUUUAUG